AUGCCUUUUCGCGGUCUUGAUGAGAGUGAAACUUCUUCAAGAAGAGGAAACUUUUUAGAUUUCUUAAAAUGGUAUGCGGAUAAGAAUGAAGAUGUGAAACAAGUUGUGUUAGAACAUGCUCCACAAAAUGACAUCAUGAUUUGUCCAAAUAUCCAAAAAGACAUUGUGAGUUCUUGUGCAAAAGAAACAGUGUCAAUUGUUGAAGACUUAUAUGGGGAUUACUUUGGGAUACUAGUUGAUGAGUCUAAGGAUGUCUCUCAUAAAGAACAAAUAGCUCUUAUUUUAUGGUACGUCAACAAAAGGGAACAUAAUUUGAGUUCAUCUCAUAUUCGGGGACAAGGUUAUGAUGGAGCUAGUAACAUGCAGGGAGAAAUCAAUGGUCUUAAAACUUUGAUUAUGAAAGAUUCUCCUUCGGCAUAUUGCACACAUUGCUUUGCUCAUCAAUUGCAAUUGACGCUUGUAGCUGUUGCAAAGAAGCAUCAUGAGGUAGAUCAAUUUUAUGAUAUUCUUGCUAAUGUUUUGAAUGUUGUUGGAGGCUCUUUUAAGCGUAGGGAUAUGCUUAGAGACAAUCUAGCAGAAAAAUUAAAGGAACCACUAGUGCUCGGUGAAGUUCAUACAAGAAGUGGAUUGAAUCAGGAACUUGGACUUAAAAGGGCAGGGGAUACACGUUGGAGUUCUCAUUUUAAGACAGUGCGUAACUUUAUUAGUUUAUUCUCCUCAAUUAUUCAUGUACUUGGAGUUCUUGCUAAGGAGGGUUCAAAUUAUCAAGAGAGAUCACUGGCAAAAAGUUUAUAG